AUGUCCAUUGUAGCCAGUCGCAGUAGUAGCCGUAGCUACAGCUCACGUAGCGGUGUCGGUUCGAGUGGCCUCAGUUCUACCGGUGGGAUGCUGUUUUCCAACGGUUUGGGAGGCGGUAGGUCCCGUAUGAGCGUGUCAUCUCUUGGGAGCAGUCGCGCGCCGAGUGUAUAUGGAGGUGCCGGGGGAUACGGCACCCGUAUCUCUCAAUCCUCUUUCUCUAUGGACGGGCCAGGCCAGAUCACUUUCAGCGCCAACGAGAAGCAUACCAUGCAGAAUCUGAACGACCGUUUGGCCACCUACCUGGAAAAGGUAAGGAAGAGUGACGGGGAUGUGGAUGGCGAUUACGCCACGCGAGCUGCGCGAUAUUAUGCACGUCCCAGAUUAUGAGCGUGGAGACCAACAGACAAGAGAGAGUGAUAACUCUUUUCAAAAUACUACAUAUUCGAUGAUACAGAUUUUUUUAAUGAGCAAAUUAUCUUCAAUCUUUGUUAUGAAAGCAUUUUUGUUUUAAAUAACCCCUUUCAUGAAUAUAAUCCACAAUGUUAAAUUAAAUAUGAUAAUACAGUAGGCUACAGUAAAUUGACCCCAUACAUUAAUACAUUUUUGUUUUAAAUAACCCCUUUCAUGAAUAUGAUCCACAAUGUUAAAUUAAAUGUGAUAAUGCAGUAGUCUACAGUAAAUUGACCCCAUAAAUAUAUAUAUAUAAAACCCCUUUUACUUAACUUUUAACUUUUUAAAAACGAUUUAUUCCAUCAUUAACUUUUCUAAUUUUAAAAUUGCUAUUGUGAAGAAACAGUAACCUAUAGUUUGCCCGUAAAGCUCCAAGGAGAAGUCUCAUUACUAUUAAAAUACACACCUGUAUUACUAUUAUAAACACAUUCCUAAAUACAUAAUGAGGACAAUGACAUAGCAGGAUUUGAUCAUUUAUUUUCAAUUCCAUUAUGUUGGGGAUUAUCUAAUGGGAGUGUGCAGAUUCACAUAACAUGAUGGUGUGCGCCCCAAAUGGCACCCUAUUCCCUAUGUAGUGCACAACAUGGCCCAUAGGGCUCUGGUCAAAAAAUAGUGCUCUAAAUAGGGAAUAGUGUGCCAUUUCUGAUAGACCCAUGAACUGAACUGAUUCCCUCCACUAACCUUUACUUUGCCUGUAAAUCUCCAAGGAUAAGUCUUAUUAUUAUUAAAAGACACACCUGUAUUACUAUUAUAAACACACGUUCCUAAAUACAUAAUGAGGUCAAUGACAUAGCAGGAUUUGAUCAUUUAUUUUAAAUUCCAUUAUGUUGGGGAUUAUGUUAUGGGAGUGCACUGAUUCACAUAACGUGAUGGAAUGCGCCCCAAAUGGCACCCAUAGGUCCUAUUUUGGAUAGACCCAUGAACUGAACUGAUUCCUUCCACUCCCUUUGUACACAGGUGCGCUCUCUAGAGGCAGCCAAUAGUAAGUUGGAGCUGCAGAUCAAAGAGUUCUACGAGAUGAGAUCACCGACUCACAAGAAGGACCUCAGUGGGUUCUAUGCCACCAUCGCAGACAUCCGCAACAAGGUACUUCUGGGUAAUGUAGUUUUAAUGUAGCAACCCACUGGGCACACACUGGUUGAAUCAACAUUGUUUACAUAUUUUAACAAAUUUAUAAAAAUAAAAAAACGGAAAUAUCACAUUUACAUAAGUAUUCAGACCCUUUACUCAGUACUUUGUUGAAGCACCUUUGGCAGCGAUUACAUCCUCAGUCUUCUUGGGUAUGACGCUACAAGCUUGGCACACCUGUAUUUGGGGAGUUUCUCCCAUUCCUCGCUGCAGAUCCUCUUAAGCUCUGUCAGGUUGGAUGGGGAGCGUUACUGCACAGCUAUUUUCAGGUCUCUCCAGAGAUGUUCGAACGGGUUCAAGUCCGGGCUCUGGCUGGGCCACUCAAGGACAUUCUGAGACUUGUCCCGAAGCCACUCCUGCAUUGUCUUGGCUGCGUACUUAGGGUCGUUGUCCUGUUGGAAGGUGAACCUUCGACCCAGUCUGAGGUCCUGAGCACUCUGGAGCAGGUUUUCAUCAAAGGAUCUCUCUGUACUUUGCUCCGUUCAUCUUUCCUCGAUCCUGACUAGACUCCCAGUCCCUGCCGCUGAAAAACAUCCCCACAGCAUGAUUGCUGCACCACCAUGCUUUAACGUAGGGAUGGUGCCAGGUUUCCUCCAUAUGUGACACUUGGCAUUCAGGCCAAAGAGUUCAAUCUUGGGUUCAUCAGAUCAGAGAAUCUUGUUUCUCAUGGUCUGAGUGUCUUUAGGUGCCUUUUGGCAAACUCCAAGCGGGCUGUCAUGUCGCUUUUACUAAGGAGUGGCUUCCGUCUGGCUAUUGUACCAUAAAGGCCUGGUUGGUGGAGUGCUGCAGAGAUGGUUGUCCUUCUGGAAGGUUCUCCCAUCUCCACAGAGGAACUCUGAAGCUCUGUCAGAGUGACCAUCGCGUUCUUGCUCACCUCCCUGACCAAGGCCCUUCUCCCCCGAUUGGUCAGUUUGGCCGGGCGGCCAGCUCUAGGAAGAGUCUUGGUGGUUCCAAACUUCUUCCACUUAAGAAUGAUGGAGGCCACUCUGUUCUUGGGGACCUUCAAUGCUGCAGACAUCUUUUGAUACCCUUCCCCAGAUUUUUGCCUCGACACAAUCCUGUCUCGGAGCCCUACGGAGAAUACCUUUGACCUCAUGGCUUGGUUUUUGCUCUGACAUACACUGUCAACUGUGGGACCUCAUAUAGACAGGUUUGGGCCUUUCCAAAUCAUGUCCAAUCAAUUUAUUUUUAUCACAGGUGGACUCCAUUCAAGUUGUAGAAAUAUUUCAAGGAAGAUCAAUUGAAACAGAAUAAACCUGAGCUUAAUUUCGAGUCUCAUAGCAAAGGGUCUGAAUACUUAUGCAAAUAAGGUAUUUCUGUUUUUUUUUUUUAAUAGCUGUGCAAAAAUUUCCAAAAACCAGUUUUAGCUCUGUCAUUAUGGGUUAUUGUGUGUAGAUUGCUGAGGAUGUUUUAUUUAUUCAAUCAAUUUUAGAAUAAGGCUGUAACGUAACAAAAUGUGGAAAAAGUAAUGGGGUCUGAAUACUUUCCUCUAAUCUAAGUGAUAGAUUAGAGGUGUAAUUUCUAUUGUCUCAGUAUUUAUUUUGUUGAUUGUCGAAAAACUGUGCCUUGUUGUAUAUGAAUGGAACAUAUGACAUGACCCAGAUCUGCUGAUCUAAACACAUUAUAUCCCAACAUAGUUUGACACUGUUAUUACAUUCCAUUGACUGUGGCUGUCCUCCUGUUCCUAGAUCCAUGCCAGGUUUGUGGAGAACUCUCAGAUUAUCCUGCGGGUGGAUAAUGCCAGACUUGCAGCUGAUGACUUUAAGAUGAAGUAGGUGCACUUCCUCUCUGUACUGUACACCGCUUCUGUGAGUGUACUGUUUCAGUUUGUAGCUCUUGGCCUAUAUGUUCGAGAUUGAGUACAUCCAAUCCUCCCAGAUCUACAGAAAUGCUUAUGGGGGUAGGCAGGGGCUAUGGAUCAGUUUAUGGUUGGGCAAUUUGUAUCUUGGUUUGUUGUGAGAAGGAACUAAUCAAGCUCUCUCCCCUCCUCAACCCGUAUAGGUUAGAGAAGGAGGCUAACAUGCGUAUGACAACGGAAGGGGAUGUGGCUCGUCUGAGAGGAGUCCUAGACAGCUUUACACAUGCCAGAGGAGACCUUGAGAUGCAGAUUGAGGGGCUGAUGGAGGAGCUGGUCUACCUCAGGAAGAACCAUGAGGAGGUAACCUCCGCAAUUCUCGUCACACACUCAAGUCUUAACGCUUGUGCUAUUGGCUGAAGUGUCAAUGUGCCAGGACAGCCACGUGUUUUUUUCAUUUGGACACCAUUGCUCCCCCUGUAGUUUUUGCAAUGUUUUUGCACUUGAAUGUAUUUAUUAACUCUCAGUGGGUUUGAGACCUUUCCAUGUUUGGCCACAAGGGGGCAAAACUCAACCACAACAAAUCUAUGGCAACUUCACAGUUAUUAGUACUGAAAUAUACAGUAACUCAUUGUUUUCACAUACUUUUAGCCUUCCCUGUAUAUAAGUAAACUACAAAUCCCAGGUAUUAUGACACAAUUUGUCCCCCUUUUCUUGUUGUUAGGAGAUGCAUUUGAUGCGGACGGAGCAGUGUGGUGCUGUGAAUGUGGAGAUGGACUGUGCUUCCUCAGUGGACAUGAGCAAGGUGCUGGAGGAGAUGAGGACCCAGUAUGAGGGCAUGGUGGCGAAGAACCAGAGAGAUGCUGCCGAGUGGUUCAAGAGCAAGGUGAAACAAUCUCUGAAAAUAGGACAGGGGUCCUCAAAGUGUGUGGGCCCGGGUCCCUAAAUGUGUUUUGUGAAGUGUGUAGUAACUAAAUAAUGAUGCAUAUUAUGCUGUGAGAACAAGGAGUCCGCUUACACUGUACUUUGAUUAUAAAGGUUUAUUAUAUCAAAAGAUUUCAGCGUCAAUUUACAGACUUCUGCAGGCAUCUGGAGAACAACGGACCCGAUCUAAUAUGUUGUUACUCCCCGUCCUUUGUUUUAAUCAUGGUAUUUAUAAUCUGCGACAUGAUAUGGGUGGUUUCCCCUACAGACCAAUCCCAUGACUCCACACAACAGACUUCCUCUGUUUUAGGGUGCCCUUAUAGAACUGCUCUCCAGAUACUUCCCUAAGUUGAAUCAACAUCCUCUAAAAUACCAUUUGCAAAAAGUCAUAAAUUGCUUAGACACUACAAGUGGUACUAUACUAUUGACUAAAACGAUGUGUGUGUGUUUGUGUGUGUCAGGUGGAGGUGCUUCAGAACCAGAUCACCACCAGCACCACAGAGGUGAAGACCUCUCAGUCUCAGGUGACCGACCUGAAGAGGACCUUCCAGAGCCUGGAGAUUGAACUGCAUGGCCUGCUCACUCAGGUAUGAUGUCAAAACAUCUUAGUGAAUCAGAAUCCCUAAACAUAUAGCAUUUGUCUUUACCCUAUCUCUGUUCCUAAAAUAUGGAAUUCCUUUAUGUCAUAAAGGAACAUUACAGUCCAAAAUCAAAGUUUGUUAGAUGUUUUCAACCUCCACUGUGGUGUAAUGUCAAGGUGUUCUAACAGCUUUAUGCGCACCAAUCUAACUAUCUCUACCCUUCUUCAUCUCCCUGUUCAUCAAUUUCUACUACCCUCUCCUUUCUUCAUCCCUUACAAACAUAAACACAUUCCUAGAAGGGGUACCUGGAGCAGAGCGUCACUGAUAUAAAUGGUCGCUAUGGCUCCCAGCUGAGCCAGCUGCAGGUUCAUAUCAACAGCAUGGAGGAGGAGCUUCAGCAGCUCAACGUCAGCAUCCAGCAGCAGGCCUCCGAGUACCAGAUCCUCCUGGACAUCAAGAUGAGGCUGGAGAUGGAGAUCGCUGAGUACAGGAGGCUGCUAGAUGGAGAGGGACUCAGGUGAGAGGGGAUAAUGGAGAGGAGGAAAGAGAGGGAGGGGGAAGGGAUGGGGGGGGGGGGGGGGGGGGGGGGGGGGGGGGAUGACUGCUUAUUGGAACCUCAUUGCAAACUAAAAGAUCAAGAUGUGUGUUUGUGAGUUUAGCUGACCGGAAGUGUUCUUCCCCUGUGUAUCUACCAGUAGGCAUGUAGAGACCCGACAGGAGGUCAGGAAAGUGAUCGUGGUUGAGAAGGUCCAGGAAGUACAACAAGUCCAGGAAGUGGUGGAAGGUGAGCAAGCAGGAGAAUGAUUAAUAAAAUGAAUGAAUCAGUGAAAGAAUCAAGUGUUGUUACCCAUCAUACGCACAAUUAAUUAAUUAAUGAAUUCCUGUUUUGUGGCUCUUUCCACAGAGUACAACCCACACAUGCAGAAGCGUGUGAGGGUGAUCGUGGAGGAGAUGGUGGAUGGGAAGGUGGUGUCCACCUCAGUUGAUGAGAAGGUCCAGGAUAUAAACUGA